AUGAAGAGAAUCACUUAUCGAACAUGUCAUAGAAAAUAUUUCAAUCUUCUUUUCUUAUUAAUUACAAUUCUGUCACCAUUAUUGCCGACACAUGGCGGAAAUAGCAAUUUUGUGUAUUCUCUACAAUGGUAUAAUCCCAUUUCAUCAUAUUUUAUGAAAGAGCAACAACAGCAAAAGUCGCCUUAUGUCGAGUAUGAUGAUCACGAUUAUGAUAACGGUGGGCAUCCGAGUUCAGAGCCAGAAUUGGUAGAAGAAGGUUGGACAGAAAACCUGUUAAAAUUGUCUGAAGAAGAAAGAAUAGUGAUUGAACAUGGAUAUGGUUCGUUGGCGCAAUACGAAAAAAGUAAGGAAGAUUGUUUUAAAAGCGCGGCACGUGAAUUGAAAAAUGGGUGCAAAGAUAUUGACUUAAACGAAGAGAAUAAAAUUAAAUAUGCGGUACGAUUGACACAAUGUGAAAUCGCGACUGCAAAUCUUGCUGCUCCUAUGGAAUGUCAAAUUAACAAUAUCAACAGCUACAAUUACAAGAACGACAAAGACAACAAUUACAAUAAUGAUAUUGGAAAAUGUGUAGAGUCAUUAUCACGAAUACCGCAAUUAUGGACUUCUUAUUCCGGAUAUUUUCGUGAAGUGUUUAAUAUGUGCUUUGCUGUCCGAUAUUCAAUCGAACGAGAACAACUGGAACAACUUCACAAUAACCUUACACGAAGUCAACUCGUCAAUUUCGAUAUACUUCGUCUGCAACAACGUGAGAUGAUCCAAUGGCGAAAAGAGGAAAUGCAAAAGUUGGUUAACUUAGAAAAAGCGCAGCAUCGAAUCGUUGCUGCCGUUCGUGAAAUUGAGAGCGGCACAGGGUUCGUUACAAAUAUAAUGUCAAAGGUCAAAGAAAAUUUGACAGAAGUACAUCUUAUUGCUGAACAUAUUCAUACAAAACAACAAGAGACUAUUGAUAAAUUGAGUGAUGUUGCAAAUAUCACCGCUGAAAUUUAUGAUAAUGCGCGAAAUCAAAUUUUGGGAGUUUCUGAAUCUCUUGACACGUUUCAAGAGAGUUUUCAAGGAAUAGAAAGUAAUGCAAAGAAUUUAAAAGAAUUUCAAGAAGCUACGCAACAAAUGUUGUCUCAUCUUAAAGAAAUCACAAAGGAAUCCGCGAACAAGACGACUGAGAAUUUGAAAAUGUUUUCAAUGGAGUUAGAAAAGUUUCAAGAGACAGCCAAAAAAGUAUACGAAAAAAUCGUGAAUACUGGAGUACAGUAUUCAGGAAUUUUGCAAAGAGAAAGCACAGAAAACAAUUUACAACAAAGUCUUGGUAAACUUCAGGAAUCUCUUCGAGGCCUCGAAUUACUUCAUAUAGGAAUAAACAAAAUUGCUGCUGUCCAGCAGGAGCUUUAUAAUGACCUUUUAGAACAAAAGAAAGAACGUCAAACGCUAGAAAAGGAAUGGCAUGACUCAUUCAACGAAGUCAAAGAGAAUUUUUACGCAUUACUGCAAAUCUCUCAAUCUGAAAUUCGUCUAUUAACUGAGACAACGGCAGACGCUCGCGAAAGUCACAAAGAUAUUAUCAAUCUUGUGAGACCGUUGUCACGAUUUAUGGAUUUACUUGGAUUUUUGUCAGCUGAAAUUUCAAGUCAUGGUGUAAUUCAUGGAACCAUGAUCGCUCUAUUGUCUACCAUCAUGUUACGAAGGAUCGCGUCUUGGGUGAAUUUUGAUUAUUUUUGGAUGCCGUUUUUUGUAAAUUUUUCGAAUUUUGGAUGUUUGUUUAUAUUUGGCAAGAUUCUUGGAUGGGAACAUUCCUUGCAGAUUUGCAUGAUGACAACAAUUAUAAUCAUGUCGUUAUUACUUGUGAGCGCGUUAAUCAAGAUGAUUACGCGAUUACGACGGCGACAACAGCACGAUCUUGUUCUUGUUGGUGAUGGCGGCGGCGUUUUGAAGACAAUAAUAAUAAUGAUAUUGAAAUCUCGUAGCCACUAUCGGCAAAUAGAACAAGUGCCAACAUCAACAGGAACAGUAACUAUAACAAGACGUCGUUCUCGUCGACGAUUGGGUGAUGCAUAUUUCGCAAACUCUUUGGUUGUUAGAAAAGUUAAUGGACAAUAA